UGAGUGGGGGUCAUUAGACUCAUUAGGAAUCGUGGGAGAGAGAGAGCAAAGAUAUAAUAACACAUUCAGUAGUUCAGUAAGUAAUACCCACAGGCUGGCACUUUAAUACAUCUGAUUAACUGCUGCAGAUUGUUGAUCUCAUUUUUAAGUUGAUAACAAGCAACAGAAAAACUCAGUCCUGCUCAGUGUUUUAUAAAUGGGAAAGAGAGAGUGAGUGAGAGAGACUGCCUAAGAGACAUUUCAACGUUGGACAAUGACUACUGCAGCUGAAGAACUGGAUGAGCUGUGCUACCUCACAGCUCAGUCUGUGACAUCCCUGGUGACAUCAGAUCACUUCAAAGUCAUCAAAAAGCUAGGUCAAGGGUCAUACGGCAAAGUGAUGCUGGCCUUGCAUAAGAAAAGAGGAACUCCAAUGGCUUUGAAGUUCUUCCCUCGGAAAACCACAAGUCUUCAAGCUUUCCUGCGUGAAUACAACCUUUCGCUCUCUUUUUGCACACAUCCCUCUCUGACGCGGGCUGUAGGAAUCUUCUACUCCACACCUGUUCACUACGUCUUCGCCCAGGAGGCUGGUCUAUAUGGUGACCUGUAUAAUAUCAUCGUAUCUGAGGAGGGGGUGAGCGAGGAGUGCACCCAGCGUGUGAUGUCUCAGUUGAGUGGUGCUGUGUCACAUCUUCACUCUCUUGGCUUUGUGCACCGCGACAUAAAACCAGAGAACGUUUUCCUGUGUGACCGAUUUUGUCGCUGGGUCAAACUGGGUGAUUUUGGCCUGACGAGGGCGCAGGGGACCGAGGUCCGUGCCGUGUGGUACAACUCUCCUUUCUGCGUGCCUGAAGUGGAGCAUGCCAAAUCGAUUAGUGAGGCAAAGGAGGAAGAUGAGCAAGAAGAUAUCUGGAUGUCAAUAGAGCCCAGUUUGGAUAGUUGGGCUUUGGGCAUCCUUAUAUUCUGCCUGCUGACUGGCUGCUUCCCAUGGGAAGAGAGCACUUCAGAUGACCCUUCCUACUGCAUGUACAGAGACUGGUUCAACCAAACCAAAGAAAGAGAAGAGGGUUACCAAAAUAACAAUAAUAUCACGGGUGAGAAGGCAGAACUAGAGAUGCCUCCACAGUUUGACUAUUUAAGCUCACUGGUCCUCACCCUGCUAAGACACCUGCUGCACCCGCUGCCCUCGCUCCGAGCUGGGCCUGAGGAGAUCCUGUGUUAUCUUGGGGGACCUUGGUUACUGAAAACAGAGAAAGAGGAGAUGAGGAGAGAAAUGGAGGCGCAAGAGGAGGCCAAGAAGAUACAAGAGAGAACAGGAGUGGAAAAACAAAAGGAAUUGUUGGGAAGGAGGGAGAGAUAAAGUUUAUAUACAAGAUUAUUAUAAACAAAUGUACUAUAUAUAUUCAAGAAUAUUUUUAUAUAGUGUUUAUAUUUUUUAAUAAUGUAGAAUAGUUUUGUUACUUACACUGGUAUAUUUUAAAUAGACAUGAAAAAAUAGUUGGAUUUAUAAGUCAGAUAUGUGCACUUAGAUGUGAAUGAAUGUCACAUCAUACAGUCGCCCCAAGAAGCAUACAGACACACUUCAUUAUAUUGUAUAUCACACUUUAAAAGGUCCUAAUAUGUACGAUUUAUGUACAGAUAUGUAUACAUUACAUACCAGCAUGUUCCUCUGAGGUACUUUAUGAACUCUUUAGGUGCUCUUUAGGUGUACUCCAGCGACAGCUAGUGACCAUUUUUUGGCCAUUUUUUUCUGAAAGUGCACUUUAUGAUUUGUGUGCUUUUUAGUUUGAUGAAUGUGAUUUAGGGGCGGUCUCCCGGACAGGGAUUAGACUAGUCGUAGACUAAAGUAAAUGUAAGAGCUGUUCAAACUGAAAACAAUUUGCAGUGCCCUAUUGCAAGUAAUGUUUUUAGUUAUAUUUCCUAAUUAAAACUAAAGCCUAGUCCUGGUUUUUAGCUAAUCCCCGGACAGGGAUUAGUUUAGGCCAGGACUAGGCCUUAGUUUAAUUUUAACAAACAUGCCUUACUAAAAAAAUUACUGGGCACUAGUGUAUUUUAAGAUAUGUCAGUGCAAGUUGUUUUCAGUUUGGACAGUUCUUACAUUUAUUUUAGUCUACGACUAGUCUAAUCCCUGUCUGGGAAAUCGCCCCUUAACGUUUUUCUUAUAUUAGGCUCAUAAUAAUUAGCCAUUGAAGCUAAUCUAUGGUGCAAUGGUAGCCUAUAUAUUUUCUAAAUAUAUAUAGGCAAAAAGGUGCAAUAGGAGGUGUAGAUACCUAUGAGGUGGGUGCACAGGAUUACCCUGUAUUUACCUCAAACAUAUUGUUUUUGAUGUACAUAAAAUACACAUGUUUUUAUAUGUCACAAUAAACUUGUUUUGAUCACCUUUACACUUGACCCUGUGAAGCAAUAUGUACUAGUUGAAACACAAUUCAAGUCCACAAAUGUCCUCGUGUUCGCACAUCAACAUUGGUUGACUCUUCCAGCCGUCUGCAUCAGACACUUCACACCGUCUGCACAUAUCUGCAGACUUGUUGAAAUACAGUCCC